GAUUCGGAAUGGAGGUGGCGGCGGCGGCGGCAGCUGAGGCGAACAUCGUCCUCAGGAGCCGGCGGGGGUGGCGCUGCUGUUGCGGCGGCGGCUGCUAGUCCAGGCGAAACGGCGGCCGCGACGGCGGCAGCCGCCUGAGGCGAGCGACUGUUGCGGGGGACGGGCGGCGGCGUCCGCCAUGGACUGAGGAGGACGCGAUGGGCAACAAGGAGUCGCGCAUCGGCUUCCUCACCUACGACGAGGCCCUGCGGAGGGUGACGGAUGUAGAGCUAAAACGGCUGAAAGAUGCCUUCAAGAGGACCUGCGGACUCUCGUGUUACAUGAGCCAACAAUGCUUCAUUAGGGAAGUUCUUGGAGAUGGAGUUCCGCCAAAAGUUGCAGAGGUCAUAUACUGUUCUUUUGGUGGCACAUCGAAAGGACUACAUUUCAAUAACCUGAUAGUAGGCUUAGUCCUCCUGACAAGGGGCCGAGAUGAAGAGAAAGCCAAAUAUAUCUUCAGCCUGUUUUCUAAUGAAUCUGGGAGCUACAUCGCCCGUGAAGAGAUGGAGAGGAUGCUUCACAUAGUUGAUGGGAAAGUCCCAGAAAGCCUAAAAAAAUGCUUCUCAGAGGGUGAAAAAGUAAACUAUGAAAAAUUCAGAUCCUGGCUGUUGCACAAUAAAGAAGCUUUCACAUUUUCCCGCUGGCUGCUCUCCGGAGGAGUGUAUGUCACACUCACAGAUGACAGUGACACCCCCACCUUCUAUCAGACUCUUGCUGGAGUCACGCACUUGGAAGAAUCAGAUAUCAUUGAUCUUGAGAAACGAUAUUGGCUCCUGAAAGCUCAAUCAAGAACAGGGCGUUUUGAUCUUGAAACAUUUGGCCUCCUGGUUUCCCCUCCCAUUCAUCCAUCUCUGAGUGAAGGCCUGUUUAAUGCCUUUGAUGAAAACCGCGACAAUCACAUAGACUUCAAAGAAAUCUCCUGUGGACUCUCGGCUUGCUGCAGGGGACCGCUGGCAGAAAGGCAGAAGUUUUGCUUCAAGGUUUUUGACAUUGAUCGAGAUGGAAUUUUGUCUAAGGUUGAACUCGAAGAAAUGGUAGUUGCUCUUCUGGAAGUUUGGAAAGAUAAUCGUAUUGAUAAUAUUCCAGAGUUGCACAUGAAUUUGCCUGAUAUUGUAGAAGAUAUUCUAAAGUCACAUGACACCACCAAGCUUGGUCAUCUCACCCUUGAGGACUAUCAGAUCUGGAGUGUGAAGAGUGCUCUUGCCAACGAAUUUCUGAAUCUGCUUUUUCAGGUGUGCCAUAUAGUCUUAGGUUUAAGACCUGCCACUCCAGAAGAUGAAGGACAAAUCAUUAGAGGCUGGUUAGAGCGAGAAAGUAGGCAUGGCCUUCAACAAGGGCACAACUGGUUUCUCAUUGCAAUGCAGUGGUGGCAGCAGUGGAAAGAAUACGUCAAAUAUGAUGCCAGUCCUGUUACGAUAGAGCCUUUUUCUGUCUUAAAUGGAGGUAAGACUGCUCUCCUGGGUCCGGGGACCCCUACGUCAGAGCAGGGAGAAGACAAAAUUGGUGCUUCAAAUAACUUCAGUGCCACAGAAGAAAAGUGUUCAGAUAAUAUUUCUACUGCAUCAGAAGCAUCGGAGACAACAAACAGCAAUUUUCUUUAUGCCACCACCCCCAAUGCUGAGAUGUGUUUUGCUCAACAGCUUAAUUCUUCGGACAAUAACAAUCAGUGCCUCCUUGCAUCUAAUGGGAAUAUAUUACUCCAGCUGCUGAACCCACAGCGGCCCGGAGCUAUUGAUAACCAGCCACUUGUAACGCAAGAGCCUGUGAAGGCUCCAUCAUUGACUUUGGAAGGUGGGCGAUUAAAACCAUCACCCGAAUUAAUUCAAGGGAAAAAUUAUGAAAUUGUCCCAGAACCAGUAUGGAGAGCCCUCUACCAUUGGUAUGGAGCGAACCUGUCUUUGCCAAGACCAGUGAUUAGAAACAGUGCCACUGGCCGUCCGGAGCUGGAGCUCUUUCCCCGCCACCUGCUCUUCCUGAGACAGCAGCCGGCUACCCGGACCCAGCAGUCCAACGUUUGGGUGAACAUGGGUAUGAUGAGCCAGAGGCUGUUUCCCCACCAUUUGCCGAGAGGUAACGUAAGACUACAGCAAGAAUCCAGCUGCGCAGUAGUUCCCGAGGGGAGGCCGGCCCCACCGCCCAGACUUGGACGCCUGUGCUGCCACAGUGCUUGGAACGUCCCUUCUCCCAGCGCUCCCUUGAAGAGGGUCUUGGCUUACACCGGCUGCUUCAGUCGCACACAGACCAUCAAGGAGAUCCACGAAUACCUGUCACAGAGGCUGCGGAUGAAAGAGGAGGAUAUGCGCUUGUGGCUGUACAACAGCGAGAACUACCUUACUCUUCUGGACGAUGAAGAUCACACGCUGGAAUACCUGAACAUUCAAGAUGAACAGCACUUAAUUAUAGAAGUUCGGAAUAAAGACAUGAGCUGGCCAGAAGAGAUGUCUUUUAUAGCAAACAGCAGUAAAAUUGACAGGCAUAAAGUUCCCACGGAAAAAGGGGCCACGGGCUUGAGCAACUUGGGAAACACGUGCUUCAUGAAUUCGAGCAUCCAGUGUGUCAGCAACACACAGCCUCUCACCCAGUAUUUCAUCUCGGGCCAUCACCUGUAUGAGCUUAACAGGACAAAUCCAAUCGGAAUGAAGGGGCAUAUGGCUAAAUGCUACGGGGACUUGAUUCAAGAGCUGUGGAGCGGAACCCAAAAGAACAUUGCUCCUCUCAAGUUGAGGUGGACUAUAGCUAAAUAUGCUCCAAGGUUUAAUGGCUUCCAACAGCAAGACUCUCAGGAGCUCUUAGCUUUUCUCCUGGAUGGGCUGCACGAGGACCUGAACCGAGUUCAUGAUAAGCCUUACGUUGAGCUGAAGGACAGCGAUGGCCGGCCGGAUUGGGAGGUAGCGGCGGAGGCCUGGGAGAAUCAUUUGAGGAGGAACCGCUCAAUUGUGGUCGACCUGUUCCACGGGCAGCUGAGGUCCCAGGUGAAAUGCAAGACCUGUGGACACAUCAGCGUUCGCUUUGAUCCUUUUAAUUUUUUAUCAUUGCCUCUUCCAAUGGACAGUUACAUGCACAUAGAAAUAAUAGUAACUAAGCUAGAUGGCACGACUCCUGUCCGAUAUGGACUCAGGCUGAAUAUGGACGAGAAGUACUCUGACUUGAAGAAGCACCUGAGCGAACUCUGUGCCCUGAAGCCAGAUCAGAUCCUCCUUGCAGAAGUCCACAGUUCAAACAUAAAGAACUUUCCGCAAGACAACCAAAAAGUCCGGCACUCAACGACUGCUUCUUUGUGUGCGUUCGAGAUACCAAUUCCUGGAUCCCCCACUUCAGCUUCUUCAAGUCCCUUGCAAACAGAUUUUUACCAUGGACAGUCGACUAAUGGGAUGAUCAACUGUCUGAUGAAUGGUGACCUUCCACGGUCAACCUUGAUCCCAAAUGGAAUGCCAAACACAAUGGUGCCCUGCAGGAUGGAGAAUGGUGUCAUGAUGAAUGGCCAUGUGACCUCGCCUUCCGACAGCCCCUUCAUAGGCUACAUCAUUGCAGUCCACAGGAAAAUGAUGCGGGCCGAAAUGUACUUCCUCUCGUCUCAAAAGAACCGGCCAAGCCUCUUUGGGAUGCCCCUGAUCGUUCCCUGCACAGUUCACACACGGAAGAAAGACUUGUACGAUGCUGUCUGGAUUCAGGUUUCUCGGCUUGCAAGUCCCCUCCCUCCCCAGGAAGCAAGUAACCAUGCUCAGGAUUGUGAUGACAGUUUGGGAUAUCAGUACCCCUUCACCCUUCGAGUGGUUCAGAAAGACGGCAACUCCUGCGCCUGGUGCCCCUGGUACAGAUUUUGCUAUGGCUGUAAAAUUGAUUGCACGGAAGAAAGCGCUCUGAUGGGGAACGCAAACCUCGCCGUCGACUGGGAUCCCACCGCACUUCAUCUCCGCUACCAGACCUCACAAGAACGGAUAGCAGAGGAGCACCGAAGUGUGGAGCAAAGCCAGCGUGCCCAGGCCGAGCCCAUCAACCUGGACAGCUGCUUGCGGGCCUUCACGAGCGAGGAGGAGCUGGGCGAAGACGAAAUGUACUAUUGUUCCAAGUGCAGGACUCACUGCUUGGCCACCAAGAAGCUGGACCUCUGGAGGCUCCCCCCGAUCCUGAUCAUCCACUUAAAGCGUUUCCAGUUUGUCAAUGGCCGCUGGAUAAAAUCCCAGAAAAUCGUCAAGUUCCCCAGGGAGAGUUUUGACCCAAGUGCCUUCCUGAUGCCGAGAGAUCCAAGCUGCUGGCCCCAAAAGCUGCCGACGCCGCAGGGGGACGACCCCGCAGAGCCGCUGAUUCUGCAGGAGGAGUGUCGGAGGAUGGAGCAGCGGAGCAUCACUGUGGCUGGGGAGGGCGACGUCUUCACCAGGAGCCCUUCCUCUCUCAAUGCUUCUGGGAUCUUAAAUAAUAUUAAAGCAUCGCCGUCCUCCGCAAGGAAGUGCAUUUCUGGCUCUUCGCCCAGCAAAAACCUUAGUCCGACCAAUAGCCCGAGGACUUUGGGCAGAGGUAAGGGGCGCCUUCGGCUCCCCCAGCUCUGUAAAAACAAACUGUCAAACAGCAAAGAGAACCUGGACGUGAGUCGGGAGAACGGGACCCAGCCAGACCCAGUGGCCGCGCUCGAGCAAGGGGACUCCUCGGGCCGGGAGCAGAGUUUGGAGGACGGCUCAGGGGACCUGGUGGCUGCUCAGGACAAUGGGGCACAGUUGACCAACGGAUACCUUUGCAAGCAGAGCUCUUGGAGCAACAACAGCCUCAACGGUCCACUGGAAAGCCACCGGGAAGAGCAGCUGGUGGACGACCAAAGAGGAGAAAUCUGUGUUAAUCCCAUUUACAACUUAUACGCAAUUUCGUGCCAUUCAGGAAUUAUGGGAGGAGGCCAUUAUGUCACCUAUGCCAAAAACCCAAAUGACAAAUGGUACUGUUACAACGACAGCAGCUGUAAGGAAUUGCAUCCCGACGAAAUUGACACAGAUUCUGCCUACAUCCUCUUCUACGAGCAGCAAGGAGUGGACUAUGCACAAUUUUUGCCAAAGAUUGAGGGCAAGAACAUGGCGGACACCAGUAGCAUGGAUGAAGAUUUUGAGUCCGACUACAAAAAGUACUGUGUCCUGCAGUGAGCAAAACGGGUUUCUAAAGGUCGGUCCGAGGACAUUGCGCCGCUAGUUUGGCAAAAAAACAAAACAAAACAAAACAAAACAAAAAAGGAAAUAUGGUUUUAGCUGAGCAGAAGAGCUCGAUGUAGUUUUGAUUUUUUUAAUUUUUUUUUUUUUAUUUUCCUCCUGUGACCUGAAAGCACAACUCAAGAAAAACAAAAAGCAGGGGGAGAAAGAGAAACCCUAAUUAAAACGAGCAUUUAUAAGAUGGCAUUACUUUUGUUCCCAUCUCUUGCUCCAUGCCCAGAGGGUGGGGUGGGAGAGCACCCAUUGGUCAAAUUGUUUUAUUUUGCCUUUGGCCUUUAAGCUGGUUUGGCCUCAGCAAACUAGGACUUAGAUAUAUUUAAAGUUUUAGAUCAGUGUUUCUCAACCGUGACAACUUUAAGCCGUGUGGACUUCAACUCCCAGAAUUCCCCAGCCAGCUAUGCUGGCUGGGGAGUUCUGGGAGUUGAAGUCCACACGGCUUAAAGUUGCCACGGUUGAGAAACACUGUUUUAGAUAAUCCAGUUAAGAGCCAGAAUAACAGGAGUCUGUUCUUUCCUUUUCCUGAUUUGCUCUUAGGGACGUCUGGAGCGAGGUGAGGUUGGGGAGAGAAGUAACCUUUGGGACGCUCUCUUCAGAUUUCAGAUGAUUAACCUGUAGUGUUGUCUGACAACAUGAAAUUUCUACCUCCUUUUUCUGAAGUUUCAUUCCAUUUCCUUGGUGAGAAGAGGCACACGCAGGCUGCAGGAACAGGCCGCAGAAAAUCCCGCCCCCCUUUCCUCUCCCAAGCUUUCCAUUUUUAACCCGCUGCUCACUUUCCUAGUUUGUGUGUGCAUUAGCAGUCCCCUUCCGUCACCUUGAGAGUAGAAUUUCUUUCUCUGAGCCUGUGCAGUUGUUCCAACCCUUUUGGCUGUUCAGAGCAGCUUCAGCAGCUUUGUGGUCCCUGAAACGCCCCAGAGAUUUGGGAGCUGAGAACAGCUCCAGGCUGUUGCUGGGGGAAGUGAGCAGGAUGACUAUCAUUCACCUCCCGUUUGAAGCACUGGAUGGAUUGGGAUGCUCUACGAGCCAAGUGUUUCUCCAUUUACUGGAAAGUACUUGGGGUAAGAAAACAUGUUCACCAUGUGGCUACGCUGUCCCCUAAUCUUAAAACCUUCGUUCAAAAGAGGCUAGCUCCUGACUUUCUAGUGUACUGCAGGCAUGAUCUUGUAAUCAUUGUUGAGACUGGGAUAGGCCGAUGGGGGGGAUCUAUCCCCCACCCCACCCCACGCCAGUCUCUAAAUCCCGAAGACGAUGGAGCCUGGUUGAGUGUUUGAGCCAAUGAGGAAUGUGACCGUGAUGGCUGAUGGGAAAUUUGUACUGAAAGGAGGACCAUUGGCCAGGGUGUCCACGAGGGAAGGGGGUCACAAAGCUCAAGAUGGUGUCCGUGGCUGUGUGAUCCAAGCCCCACCCCUUUUUAUUUUACUUGUGUCACACGCAGGCAAGAGAUGGGGCUUCAGAUGUGCAGUGGCAGCCGCCAUCUUGACGUUUUGGACCCCAAGCAGUUGCCCCUCGCAAUGGGGAUGGAGUGCAGGAUCAUCUGGCCCUUCUUCAGUACUACUAACGCCAUCUGUGGCAAACCUUUAGAAGGGGGAAAGCGCUCCCAACAUUGUUCUCUCUUCCUCAGUCGGUGGGUGGCUGGUACUGAUGGUUGGUUUUUAUUUAUUUGCACUUUAAAAGUAAUAAUAAAAGCAUAGCAGAGUCCAUUUCAUCACUGUAAGUGCUUUAGGAACGGGUGUGCGCACGCCUGUGUGUGUCCUUUCCAUUCAUUUUAUUUCAAAGAGCAAGGCAGCACAACUGAACGAUGACCGUCGGCAACGGAGAGGUGUUCAUUCUGCCACCCAGCUGGCUGCGCUUCUGGUCGGCCAGCUUUGUUCCUGGGAGGAAUAUUUAUACUUCUAACUCGCUCUGGGCAUGUUGAUGUUCAUUUCCGUUCCGGUAAAUCUUGUAAACCGCCCAGAGUUGCCGCAGUGAGAUGGGUGGCCAUACAGAAAUAAUAAUAAUAAUAAUAAUAAUAAUAAUAAUAAUAAUAAUAAUAAUAAUAAAAUAAAUAAAAUUGGUGGCCAUUUCUGGCUGCCUGGGUGGAAAUGGAUUAGGAGGACAGGACAUCAAAGGAGUUAGAGCCGUCUUCCCAUUUUUCAGGCAAGUUCUGUUGAGAACGUGAUUGGAAAUUCUUGCUGACUGCAUUUCCUGGGCCGGGGCCCACUCCGCAGCUGACUUAAACUAGGUCCCCUUGCUCCUCAGCUGUUCCAAAGCAGACGAUUAAAUAAGGUUGAUUAGAGGCUAGGACAGCUGAUGAUUGCUUCAUCAGUGAGGCAUCUGAACCAGCUGUUAGUGACAGAGGACAGUGACAUUUUAAAACCGCAGCAAAGGUUGGUUUUGCCACUAACUGGGAGGCCUGUAGUAUGAGCAUGCUGCUAGAACAGUGUUUCUAACCUUGGUGAGUUUAAGAUGGGUGGACUUCAACUCCCAGAAUUCCCCAGCCAGCUCUGCUGGCUGGGGAAUUCUGGGAGUUGAAGUCCACCCAUCUUAAACUCACCAAGGUUGAGGAACACUGCUAAAAUGUUGGGAAGAAGGGCCCAGUUGAACAUGUGGCUUCUCUAUACAAAAUAAAUCCUUAAUAUAGCAGGGAGAAGUCAAUACGUAGCCUUCCUCCUAACAAGCUAGAUUUCGCAUCUAUAUGCAGGAUUUUAUUCUGUCUUAUACAAGAGGAACACAAAUUCAUUUCUGCACCCCAUUGCUCUUUGAACUGGUCCCAUCCAGGCACAAGGUCGACCUCUCCCUUACUGAGAGCCGGUCAAAAAAUCACAGGAUUUCUUUUAGCUGAUUUUCUUGUGGCAGGUCCCCCGUCCCGCCAAGCAAAAUGGCUGGCCUUCUGCUGUCUUCUUCCCACAGCAGAGUUUACAGAAGACUUUUUUUUAAACUUCCUUUUCCCCUUGUACCAUUUCCUGGCGGUUCCCGUGCAUUAUCGCUUCUUUCCUCUAACCUCACGUUAAGAGAAGGGUUAGUCUCUUCUGACAAAAGGGAGCUUGGUGGACACGGAGGGUAGAGAAGGAUUACAGGAUCUUGCGGAUCUUUACCUUUAAACCUGUGCUUUGAUAGGCUACUGGACAUAGCGAUUGUCAGCUCUUCAGCCUGUUGAUCUCUUUCAAACACAAGCUAGUUGUGCCUGAGCACCCCUUGAUCUUACUCACCCAAGUGAUGUGGACCCAUCGUGCAGAGAGGCCCAUACACCCAGUGGUCUGAGAGUGUGCCACCUUGUCACUCCCAUUGGAGUGUGUGUGUGUGUAUGUGUGUGUGUGUAUGUUGGAGGGUCAUUUCAAAUCCAGGCCUUCUGCUUACAAGCCUGUGUGCGUGGCAGAAAGUGGUGGCACACCCUAAGGUGGGUGGGAUCUAGAGUCCUUUAGUUUUUCAUACAGUAGAAGGCCACGUGGUGCCUUCUACCUGGCUCUGCACUCCAGCUCCCAUAAUCCCCGACUGUGCUGAUGAGGCCUUCUGGAAGUUGUAGUCCAGAGUAUCUAAGGAGGACCAGCUUUCCAGCCUCUCUUCUAAUGGAUGCCACAACUUAGUUGUAUAACUAAUAUCACUACAUUGCCAUUUUGACAAAAAGCAGGCAUCUUGUUGAACACGCGGUAUGAAUUCUGGGAACUGCAAUGUAGCUUGCGGAAGAGCCAAAUCCUGGGGGUGGGAGUGGGGGAUGAUUUUCACAAUGCAUUGCUCCCCAAGUCCUUUUUCCUGACAUCUCUGAGCAUGGAGAAAAUCCCUACUUUAAAAUGGGGGGGGGGAUAAUUACCUCGAUCUCUCUUUGAAGAUUCUUCCACCCACCUCUUCAUAACUUUUCUUUUCAAAUGGUUUUGUUUAUGUUUAAACACAUAGCAUGAUCGACUUGCAUCAUUUUUAAUCUGCCAUGCUUUGUUACAUUGGUUGUAAUUAUUAAUUUUCUUUAAGAAAAAAGGUUAAAUUAAUUCCUAAAUUUAAUAGGAAAAACAAUUUAAGUUAACUGUUUAACUGUAUUCACUCUGUAAAUUAUUGUAUAAAACUUAUUGACAAUGCACUGAAUUUAGAAAGACCAUGUACAUAAGUACUGUGUAAAUAAUUUAAGAAAAAGUAUUAAUGUAUUGGGAUAUGAACUGUAUUAAAAAAGAAGUCCAAGUAACUGUAUAUGGAGUGAACCUGUCUAUCUGUAAGUAUAUUAUUCAAACAAAUUAAAUACUGUGGCUGCAA